CUAAAAGCAUUGGUUUUUAUCCACAAUUUUUAAACCUUUUUGUAAUGUUUUUAAGACAUGUGCAUUUUAUUUGUCUUGCACAGAUUACCUGAUGACGGCACAGAAUGCAAUUCUACAUCAGAUAUACUGCUCGAACGUAAUCGUGAGCAAAGCUUAGUUGAUCUUUUGGUUCCUUCUCUUGUGUUGUUGAUCAACCUAUUGCAGAAACUACAGUUGGAAGCCUUUGAUGGUCAUCUUCUCUAGUUAGUUCUUAUGAUGGAGCAAGCACACUUUCGAAACCUGGACUUCGUCGAAGCUCCAUCUGUUGAAGAGCCUCACCUCAUAGAGAGGCUGAACUGAAUCCGGAGCGAUUCCAAUUACAGCAGACAUUCUCAGAGACUGAAAGAAGAUGCAGAAGACGAAACAGCAACGGAGGCCAAACAAACAGAGGGAGAUAAGGAGAGACACAGCGUCUGGGAGUGAGCGAUUGUAUUUUAUAAUGGCACCAAAAAGGAAUUUGCGAUCUCAAUCGAAGAAGGGAGUUAAGAAGAUGCAAACUAAGAGACGCAGUGGCAGCAUAUCAGCACCCAACUCUAAGCGUCGACGAACUACUAGCCAACAACCCAAAGCUGAGAAAGAAACCACCAAACUUCCAGGGCACGUUCCACUCUCCUCUUCCUCAUCUGAGAUGUCAUCCAUCAAAGGCCGUUAUCCCAUAUGGGAGGCAUCUCGAAGCACAUAUUCAUAUGAUUCGACACUUCGUAGCUAUGUGCGUGGGAAGUCACCCAAACUUAGCGUUAGGGGUGGGCUCGGUGCGGAUUGGUUCGGUUUUUGGGGUUUUUUUAAACCUAACCGACCAAUUCGGUUUGGAUUGGUUACAUAACCGAACCGAACCGAACACAAUACAAAAACCGAACCAAACCGAACCGACCAUACUUGAUCGGUUUGGGUUGGGUUUGCGGGUUGGGCCGGUCUGGGCUUCGUGUUGGGCCUCGGCCCAAAUUGUAUAUAUAUAUAUAUAUUUCGAAUUUGGUAUUUUUUGGACCAAAAUUGUAUAAAAAAAUUUUUAGACCUUUUUAAUCAUCAAUUUAUAUUUUAAAUUA